UACGGUGUCAUUUGUGACAAAGUGCCUCUAUUAUGUGACAAUGAAAGUGCUAUCAAGAUUGCCUAUAAUCCGGUGCAACAUUCAAGAACGAAGCAUAUUGAGAUCCGGAAUCAUUUCAUUAGGGAUCAUGUUGCCCGGGGUGAUAUUGAGCUUAUCUAUGUUCCUACCAAGGAUCAACUUGCCGAUAUAUUCACAAAGCCUCUUGAUGAAGCAAGGUUCACUUAUUUGAGGAAUGAGCUAAAUAUCAUUGAUUCAAGGAGUAUAGCUUGACCAUCUUGCAAACACACCUUCGUCUCAAAACUUUAUUUGGUUUAGAUGUGGGCAUGGAAAUAGGGGGAGUGCGGUUUAAAUUAUUGAGCUAUUCCUCCCCCCAUAAUGCCAACAUUAAAGAUUUCAUUCUCGUUAUAUCAUAUUUUGAUAUGUGAGCUUAAAUGAUGAGUAUUGGUUUGGACCCAAGAUAUAUCUUCGCGGUGCCAUACCAUAACACUCAUAUAUGGUGGCCUAGGCCACCACACUCUUCUUUGUGAAGAGUUGGAGUUGUUUGGUUUUUCAUUGGAUUUUAUUGACAUCUCCAUGUUCUUAUGGGAAAUCACUCUAGUUUGGCCUUAUUUGCUCAUAUCUUGCAAACUUGAGUGACCAUGUACCAUUAACAGUUUGUAUCUUCUAAAACCUAAGCCUACUCUCCCCUAUAAGCCAUUUCCAUCUUGCUCAUUUGUCAUGUUUGGUAAAAAACUUGGAGUUUGAGGUUUUUCGGUCGGAUGAUCUAGGGUGCUCCAUCUUAUUGGUAAAUUUGUACCUUAUAUGUGACGUGAUACUUUAUUACAUCAUAUAUGGGACUUGCAAAUAACCAACGAAAGAUGGGCUGGAUUUCCGGUGAUUCUGGAAUUUUCCAGAACCCCGGAUAAUCCGGCCCCAGGCCACCCCGGAAUAUCCGGCCCGGCCGGAUUAUCCGCCCUAAGCUAGGGCCGGAUUAUCCGGCCUGGGCAGAUCUUGAAAGGGUUGAGUCGAGGGCGCAGGGGGCAAAACGGUUCAGACCUUCCCCCCCACGCGCCUCUCUCCUCUUUCUCCUCUCAAGGCCGCCGGAUCUCCUCCUCCUCGCCGGAGACGCUCCAUCCGCCCCCUCUCGGAGUUCUUGGGUGGAUCGGGUGCACCUCCUCCCUAGCUACCUUCUCCACCAAGCGGUUUCCACAAUGGAUGUGGGUGGUGCUUCUCGGGGUGGUCGGAGACGCCAGAGGCAUGAUCGAUCUAGUGACGAGUUUGCACCCAAUGCUCCUCGCAAGUCGGUCACUUCAAGAAGGAAGAACAAGGAAGUGAGGGAGAACUACAAGGCCAUGGAUCCAGUGUCUUAUUCCGCUCUCCGCUUGAAGAACUGGUAUGAAGAUUUGCCAAGAGAUGAAGAGAUAGAGGGCAGGAGAUAUUGGUGCAUGGAGCAAAUGUACAUCUACAAGGACAUCUAUGAGCCAAUGAAGAAUCUGAGACCCAUGCAAGCCAUUGAUGUGGACAUUCUAGCUGAAAACGAUCACUUUGAAGAUGCUAUCUGGGUUGUUGGAAGAAUGGGCUUGAAAGAUAUCAUGAAGAUUCAAUGUGACUAUAGCCCAGAGUUGGUGAAGCAAUUCUUUGCCACUUUGGCAAUCAAGACUGAUGAGGAACGCACUAUGGAAUGGAUGUCUGGCUCCACACACUGCAGUGCCACUCUGCACCGCUUUGCCGAUAUUCUUGGAGUCUCUAUUGAUGAGGGUCGUCGUCUUCAUGGACCACAACAGGCAGAUAAGAAUGCUCUUGCAAAUCUCUAUACCUCAGAGGGAAGGAUUGGUUUUACAAAGGGGCUGCUUCUCAUAUACAUGGUAUUGCUCCUGGUCGUCAUCCCGAUGUCCCGGCUAUGA